AUAAGCUAAACGCCAGUGAUUUUUCUCUAUACAGUCAUCGGUGACUGGAAAUGUCUGUAAUCGGCAUUUUCGCCAAUAGAAAUUUGAAAUCGCCAAUCUCAUUUCACUUUCGCCAAUGGCGCCAUUGGCGAUCGCCAGCGCGAGCCCUGCAUUGUACAUCUUGGCAUGAUGAGAAGCAUUAUCUUGAUGCAAUACAACAAAUCUUGGACUAUGGUACUCGUAAGACCAACAGAACAGGGAUUGACACCCUUUCGAUUUUUGGUAUGCAGAUGAGGUACAAUCUGAGAGAAGAUUUCCCCCUACUGACUACAAAGCGUGUGUUCUGGCGAGGAGUGGCAGAGGAGCUGAUCUGGUUCAUUCAGGGUUGUACUAAUGCAAACAAACUGAAAGAGAAAAAAAUUCACAUCUGGGAUGAACAUGGCUCAAAAAAAUUUCUCAGUAAGCUGGGACUUGGUCAUCGAGAGGAAGGUGACCUUGGUCCUGUGUAUGGUUUUCAAUGGCGACACUUCGGAGCUGAGUAUAAGGACAUGCAUACAGACUAUACUGAUCAAGGAGUGGACCAACUGAAAGAUGUCAUCUACAAAAUCAAGAACCAGCCAGAUGACCGACGUAUCAUCAUGUCUGCCUGGAAUCCUCCAGAUUUACCCAAAAUGGCUCUUCCUCCAUGUCAUGCCUUUGUCCAGUUCUUUGUUGUCAAUGGUGAACUGUCCUGCCAACUGUACCAGCGAUCAGCUGAUAUGGGUCUUGGUGUACCAUUCAACAUCGCCAGUUAUGCUCUGUUGACCUACAUGAUUGCUCAUGUGACUAAUCUCAAGCCUGGUGAUUUCGUACACACAUUAGGAGAUGCUCAUGUGUAUGUAAAUCACAUUGAUCCCUUAAAAGAACAGCUGGCUAGAGAACCAAAGCCAUUCCCAAAAUUAGUGAUCAAAAGACAAGUGGAAGACAUUGAUGAUUUCAAAUUUGAAGACUUUGAAAUUGUGGGCUAUCAACCUCACCCCAAAAUUGAAAUGAAAAUGGCGGUGUGAUUGGGACAAAGCUUUGCAUGUGGAAAAUGUACAAUUAACAAAUUUACAAGAAAGCUCAUAAAUAUGGGAGAUCUAAACUUUGAAACAUGAUAGAAAUCAUUUCUUUGUAUCUUUAAUUAUACACAGUUGUCUCUUAAUUAUGUCCUGUACUAAAUUUAUUGUUAAUCUUAUAUACAGCAUGUAUAUGGUGUUCGUACCCUGUUUGUGUGAUGACGUACUUUAUAAUGUACCUGUAUAUCAAUGUAAUACCAUUUGUGUUCCUCACAUUAAAGGAGAUUUUUGUACUUUU